AUGGGGUACAAUUUGUCCUAUGGAAAACUGCCAGAGAGCCAGCUCAGCGCGGACAACAGCAGCUCGGCCAACGGCAGCGCCGCGGGGCGCCCUGCCCGCGACGAGUUCACCACCAUCGUGCUGCCCCUGCUCUACCUCCUCAUCUUCCUGGCCAGCCUGCUGCUCAACGGGCUGGCCGUCUGGAUCUUCUUCCACAUCAGGAACAAAACCAGCUUCAUCUUUUACCUCAAGAACAUCGUGGUGGCAGACCUGCUGAUGACGCUGACGUUCCCCUUCAAGAUCAUCCAGGACUCGCGGCUGGGGCCGUGGCACUUCAACUCGCUGCUGUGCCGCUACAGCGCCGUGCUCUUCUACGCCAACAUGUACACCACCAUCGUCUUCCUGGGGCUCAUCAGCAUCGACCGCUACCUCAAGGUGGUGAAGCCCUUCGGGGACUCCAGGAUGUACAGCAUCACCUUCACCAAGGUGCUGUCAGCCUGCGUCUGGGUGGUGAUGGCGUUCCUGGCGCUGCCCAACCUCAUCCUCACCAACGGGUACCCCACCCGCAGGAACGUGGACGACUGCCUGAAGCUCAAGUCGCCCCUGGGAGUCAAGUGGCACUCGGCUGUCGUCUACAUCAACACCUGCAUGUUCGUGGUGGUGCUGGUGGUGCUGAUAGGCUGCUACAUUGCCAUCUCCAGGUACAUCUAUAAAUCCAGCAAGCAGUUCAUCAGCUCCUCCAGCCGCAAGAGGAAGCACAACCAGAGCAUCAGGGUGGUCGUGGCCGUGUUCUUCACCUGCUUUCUGCCCUACCACUUGUGCCGGAUACCCUUCACUUUCAGUCAUCUGGACAAAAUUUUAGAUGACUCUGCACAUAAAAUCCUGUACUACUGUAAGGAAAUGACGCUGUUCCUGUCCGCGUGCAAUGUCUGCCUGGACCCAAUCAUUUAUUUUUUCAUGUGUCGCUCAUUCUCGCGGCGGCUGUUCAGGAAAUCCAACAUGAGAACCAGGAGCGAGAGCAUCAGGUCCCUGCAGAGCGUCAGGAGGUCAGAGGUGCGCAUCUACCACGAGUACACCGACGUCUGA